AUGGCCCGCACCAAGCAAACCGCUCGCAAGUCCACUGGAGGCAAGGCCCCCCGUAAACAACUUGCCACCAAGGCCGCGCGCAAGACCGCCCCCGUAAGCCCUUCUCUCUCCACUCCCAUCACCACCCGACCCUUCCUCAUCAACGCUGUCGGGCGUCGGUCGUCGCCGCACAGCCACGCCGCCGGCCCGACUGGCGGUGUCAAGAAGCCUCAUCGUUUCCGGCCUGGUACUGUCGCGCUCCGUGAAAUUCGUCGCUACCAGAAGUCGACUGAGCUGCUUAUCCGCAAGCUCCCCUUCCAGCGUCUCGUCCGUGAGAUUGCCCAGGACUUCAAGACCGACCUUCGCUUCCAGUCGAGUGCCGUCAUGGCUCUCCAGGAGGCUGCCGAGGCGUACCUCGUCUCGCUCUUCGAAGACACCAAUCUCGCAGCCAUCCACGCUAAGCGUGUCACCAUCCAGCCUAAGGAUCUCGCGCUUGCCCGCCGUCUCCGUGGCGAGCGCUCGUAA